GGAACAACUGUUUUUCGUGUAGUGGUCUUUGUCUGCACAGCGUCGUCAGCUUUGAUUUGGUUGGCAGGGCCGUAAAAUCAUACGCAGUGGGCAAUGCUGUGACGUUUGUUUACGUCGUAUGUAGUACGUCGUAUCUUGUUCCUUACUUAUAAACAACAGCAUAUAAAAGUAAAUACGGAACAAAUGUGUUCAGAAGACAUGGAAUACAGCGGUGUGUUCUCCGUGCAUGAGCGUUUAUUUUCCAAUUAUUAAUUUUGUUGUCGUAAUUUUGUGCGUGCGCGCGUGCUGUGGUGGUUCAGCGUAGCUGUCAGAAUUUCGUGUGACAACCCAUCAUCCCCAGUACGGGAACUUGUCCCCAAAAUGGUUAUUAGAUCGGAUGGCACCGAAUCACCCCUAUUGGAAGAACACGAGGAGUCCAGUCCGGCAGAUAAACCGAAACAAAUCACAAAAUAUGGAGAGCUUACUAUCCUAGGUUACAAUGGAUUCCUGCCACCCGGUGACCGGGGACGUAGGAGAAGCAAGUUUGUGUUGUACAAGAGAACAUCUUCGAACGGAGUAAAGCGAUCAAAACACUACGUUGUCAAGACACCACACUCCUCCCAGGCGAUACUCGACACUGAACAGCAUUCGAUCUCCUAUACAUUAUCUAGAAACCAAGCUGUCAUCGUUGAAUACAUGCCUGAUGAAGAGACGGACAUGUUCCAGAUCGGUCGAUCGUCGGAGUCGCCCAUCGACUUCGUUGUGAUGGACACGAUUCCAGGAGACAAGACAGGGGAGAGCAAGGUGCUGCAGAGUACGAUAUCGCGGUUCGCGUGUCGCAUCCUUUGUGACCGCUCGAACCCGCGAGUAGCAAAGAUCUUUGCCGCCGGUUUCGACUCUUCGCGCAACAUAUUCCUUGGGGUUGAUGACGAAACAAAUGUUCUUCAGGAUGGAACUCUCAUAGAUCUCUGUGGUGCGACGUUACUUUGGCGCUCGCAUGAGGGUCUCGAGAAAUCUCCGACUAAACAUCACUUGGAGACACUCAUAGAUGAACUGAAUGCUGGCCGACCUCAGUGCCCGGUGGGGCUGAACACUCUUGUGAUUCCACGCAAGUUAACUCUGAGUAUGAGUGAUGAAACUGUGAAUGCAAAGCAACAGCCAUAUGUGUACCUGAACUGUGGCCAUGUCCAGGGCCACCAUGACUGGGGGCAGGAUAAGGACUCAAAGGACAGACGUUGUCCCAUGUGUUUAGAGAUGGGACCUGUAGUAAAAAUGUGCAUGGGAAUUGAACCAGCAUUUUAUGUAGAUGCUGGACGUCCAACAUUUGCUUUCAACCCUUGUGGUCACAUGGCCACAGAGAAAACUGUGAAAUAUUGGGCCAACGUUGCAAUUCCUCACGGCACCAAUGGCUUCGAUGCAGUAUGUCCGUUCUGUGCUACACCAUUAUUUGGUUGUCCAGGCUAUGUACGCCUUAUCUUCCAGGAUAAUGUGGAUUGAGAGCCAGACUGCAUUGCCCAUUUUGGGCCCAUUUGACAUUUGAUCUAGACUCACACCACUUGGGUACAUGAGCAGUUUUAAUUUAUUGCCUAAUCUGGCAUCACCAGUCCAGAAGAAAUUGCAUUGGAAUGCCUUAACAAGACAGCCUAUAAUAGAAAACUAAUGAAACAUCAUAUGUCUGCCUUAUUAGAUUGAUUUGAAAGGAGAAGCAAGAUGUGAAGGCACAGUAGCUUAUUUCAUUUAUCUGUAAAAGAAUAUAUCAUUUCACAGUGUACCUUAUGUGCUCUAGAAACAGCAUUAAAAGUAUUUUGGUUAUUACUUUCAGAAGUCUUCUUGUAAUUAAUGAUGGCAGAUUUGCAGUCAUUCAUAAAUGGAUUUGGUAAGACUGUUUAGAUAUUAAGAGAACUGAACAAUAUUAAGUGAACGAAUUAUAACAGAAAUGUAGUGUUUUUAUAAAAUGAUUGAGGUCACUAUGUAGCAAGAAUCAGGGAUGAAUUGUUGGUACAAAAUCUCAUACCUUAACAUAACACAUAGACCAGGUAAGUGUUUGUAUUGGUGGUUCAGUGCUCAUCCUUUGUGUGUGGUUUGGUGCUGGAAUUGUGCUACAUUCUAUUUAUCAUGCAAAUUGCAGUAUGGGUUAUUUAUUUUCACGUGGAGAAGUAAACAAAUUGUUUUACACAUUUUUUUGC